CAGCUCCUUCGGUGGCGUUCAAACUAGAGAAUAUAGGGUCACGAUCGGUUUUGUUUGGUCACGGUCACACAUGCAUCGCUCAUUUUGAAGGAUGAUGACUUCCCCUCGGCUUUACGGAGCGGUUUUGUGAGAGGAGCCGCUGCGCUGCGCUCGCGGAUGCGCAGUGCGCUUUGCUGCUGGCUGCUGGUGCUGCAGUGUAAACAACACUGACACCGGCCAGUGUCUGCCGCGCCGAUGCGAGAAGAGAUUCAUCCCAUCCAGACGAGUCCGGGUCAGGGACGACUUCUUAGUUUCAACGAGCAGAUUUUUUGAAUUAUGAGCAACCUGCGCUCUUUUUCUCUGUGCGUAACGACGUCUCAAAGACUGGCACUGGCCUGAGCGCUCCUCGAGGAUUAUCUUUUUGUUUUUAAAUCAAACUUGAUCUGUCGCUUUGGAGCAUCCAGCGUUUCAUUCAGUCGUUUUGGGAUUGAUUACAUGGACUUUGAGGAAGCACCGACUCCUUUCUUCCAAUGACCGACGACCAGGAAACCUCAGACUCGGAGGACACCACUGCGUCCGGGAGCGCGACCUUGCCGCCGCAUCUCCGGCCGCCGAGCGAGCGCCUCCAAUGCAGCAAGAGCAGCGUGUGCUCCCGCUCCUACUUCGUGGUGGUGAUGGUGUUUUUCCACGUUUACAUCAUUAACGUCAUCGCACUGCUGUUUUACGUGCACUACAUCAGCGGGCAGGACGACGCGAGCCCGAGUCGCGACGCCCCCAGCAGCGACCAUCGCCACCAGCAGCAGCAGCAGCCGCACCAGCAGCAGCCGCAGGAGCAGCCACGCACCGAGUCCCAACGUCCGCCAUCAAAAUCUGAGUUCCUGCGUGAUGUGUCCCUCACUAGGAUCGAGGGGAUUAGGGUGGGACAUGUCCAGCCUGUGUCACUGGUGCCAGGCAAAGUGCACGAAAUGCGGACCCUGAGUUUGAAACCUCUGCUGUUUGAGAUCCCUGGGUUCCUGUCAGACGAUGAGUGCCGUGUCGUGAUGCAGCUGGCUCAGCUGAAGGGUCUGAUGGAAAGUCAGCUGAUGGUGCAGGAUGGUCAGGAGGACCUGGCCAAGGAGCUCAACCUCAGCCCAGAAGAGAUCUUCAACCUUCUUGAUAUCAACCAGGAUGGACAGUUGCAGCUGCGUGAGAUACUCACUCAUUCUCGAGUGAGAGACGGGAUUUGGCUCACGCCGGAGAACCUGCGGGAAAUCUAUGCCGGGCUCAAAGCUGACAAGGACGGUAACGGAUUGCUUAGUCUGGAAGAGUUCAGGCUUCUGAGCAACGAUGCCUUCCAGCGCUUCCUGCUGCAGCGAGGCGUGAAGCGGAGUCAGCUGGUGAGAAACAGCAGACACACGUGGCUGUACCAGGGCAAAGGAGCACACCAGGUCCUCCAAGACAUCAAGACGAGGGUGACCCGCCUCACCCGGCUCCCAUCCACAUUAGUGGACCUCAGCGAGCCGCUCCAGGUGGUUCGCUAUGAAGAGGGCGGGCACUACCACGCCCACCAUGACAGCGGUCCCGUCUAUCCCGAAACCGCGUGCACGCACACACGACUUGCGGCCAACACCUCCACCCCUUUUGAGACGUCUUGCAGGUACAUCACAGUUCUCUUCUACCUGAACUCUGUUGAGGGGGGCGGGGAGACCGCAUUCCCUGUGGCAGACAACAGGACCUAUGAUGAAGUGUCUCUCAUACAGAACGACGUGGAUCUUUUGGACACCAGGAGGAAUUGUGACAAGAGUAACCUGAGGGUGAAGCCCACCAAAGGGACGGCUGUGUUCUGGUACAACUACCUUUCCGAUGGCAAAGGUUGGGUGGGCGAGCAGGAUGAAUACGCCCUGCAUGGCGGCUGUGUGGUCACCCAUGGCACCAAGUGGGUCGCCAACAAAUGGAUCAACAUUGACCCGGAUUACCAGCGGCAGGCUCGCUUUCAGCAUCUGGUAUCACGGCAGCCAGAGGAAGAGGAGGAUGAUGAAGGUCUGACUCUGAAGUCGGACAUACAGAGCGCCAACAUCCAUCAAGACUUAUAAUUAGCUCAUAGACCAAAUUUAUAUAUAUAUAUAUUUAAAAAAAUCUACUUAGCCUUCCUGAGUCCUGUGCACAAUGUUUUUGGUAACAUCCUCUGUGGCCAGUAUGUAGGGACAAGAUUUAUUCAGGGAACGAAGUCACAGCUGGUUUAUGCAACUGUAAAGAGAUGCUUUUGCUAAAAUGUUGGUCCCAUAUUGUUAAUCGUGUUAUUUUUUAAUCAACUGAUAUUUCCCAGUGUAGGAAUGUUGCACUAGAAACUCAUAAAAGGUGUUGAGACGGAAAAAAGCCCCAUUAUUUUGCAUGUGUUAGUUUAUUGAGGUUUUGCUGUUGCUCUGAGCAAAAAUUGCACUUGAAAAUUGAAAUGGCUUCUGUUAACAUUUCAAUGUCCUACCUUGUUAUGCUGUCAUUACCAAAAAAGGCUCCAA